AUGAUUUUGAUCUCUUGCGCUGGCGUAGCGAGUAGAGAAUCCGAAGAAGAACUUCUGAUGCCAGGCAUAGAUCUGAUUUGUUCAGUCAUAGUCAUCUUUAUUAUGAUUUUCGUCGUAAUUAUCGAAAAUGGUGAUGACCUGAGCGUUCACGACAUCAACAUCGGCUUUGUAAAGCAGUUACUCAUGAGAGGGAUUCCAGUAUUGUAUGAGGAGAUUCUUUCACAGCUGCUCAAUAAUCAGGUUGUUCCCAAUCUUGAAGUGAUGAUGACCCAUGCGGUGUACUACUGGUGCAAUGAACAUCGCGAAAAAUUGACUCUGUCCGAUGCCGAACUCGGUUCUUUACAGAAACUCCAACACGCAGGCGGGGACGUAUCGAUGUUGCAGAAAGAGGUAAUUCAAUUUGUUUCAGUGUGAAU